UUAUUUCGUCAGUCUAGCGCUCGACCUCGACGCGAUACAAUCACUUGUUCCACCUGUGCUCAUUAUACUUGUGCCAUACUUGUUCUUUAGAGUUAAUGCUCUAACAGAAUAUCAAUAAGCCUGUUUAUUUUCUUUAAAACAAAUCAACAUGUCGACUCUGAGUCACCAUCCGUACGCGUUCUCGAUGCACCCUGGCAUGCUGCAGGACUACUCGUCGCACCAGCCGCUGCCGGCCACGUCGCCGCAGUCCGAGGGACACAUCAAGCGGCCGAUGAACGCCUUCAUGGUGUGGUCGCGGCUGCAGCGGCGCCAGAUUGCCAAGGACAACCCCAAGAUGCACAACUCCGAGAUCUCGAAGCGGCUGGGGGCCGAGUGGAAGCUGCUGUCAGAGAUGCAGAAGCGUCCCUUCAUUGAUGAGGCGAAGCGUCUGCGCGCGCUGCACAUGAAGGAGCACCCCGACUACAAGUACCGGCCGCGCCGGAAGCCCAAGCCAGCCACGCAGGGCGCGCCGCAGGCCUUCCCCAGCUUCCCGCUGCCGUACUUCGCGGGCCCGCAGGCCGUGGGCCACCUGGACGGGCUCCCGUACCACUCCGUGCCGCCGUACUUCCCGCACCAGCUGGACCACCUGCAGUUCUCCAAGCUGAUGGCGCCGGCGGAGAAGCUGCCGGUGUCGUCGUCGUCGGCAGCGGCCGUGGUCUCGUCGUUCUACUCGUCGCUGUACACGUCCCCGGCGGCGCCCCCCAAGCCGUUCCCGUCCCCGCUGUUCCACGGCUACGGCGCGCCGCCGUCCCCCGCGUCCCCCGCCGGCGCCCAACACAGCCCCCACGACGAGCUGCGGAGACCCGUCUCCGUCAUCUAUUGAAGACCGACCCACCUUCCUUGAGGGACCAGCCGAGAGGAAGACCGUCGAGACAGACUUUAGUAGAGUGUUGUGAACUGUGAAAGGUUUAUCGUCAUGUAUUGGACAUUAAUUUAUUGAAUAUAUUCUAGCGCUUUAGUCAACUUGUAAAGGCGUCGGGAAACGGCGUGGGACGAUUCGUCAUAUCAAAGUGUUCUGUAAAUAUUUCGAGCGUAAGUAAAAUUGGCCCGUGUGGGCCGGAUCGGUUUUACUGUGAUUUUAUUCGACCAUCAGUGUCGUUGAAUUAUUGAGCUGAGUUAGUUCUCAAGUGAGAUUUAAACCAAAAAGAGAUUAUUGUCUAUGAAUGUCUCUACGUUAGCUAAGAUGAGGACUUUAUUUGUUUCGUAAAUGUUACUCUAUUCCUUUUGUCUUUAAUUAAUGUGUUGUUGAGUUUAAUUAUUUCUUCAACCGCUAUGGCGGUUUGAUCAGUACAGAAGGACUGUGUAUUUUAUUUAUUGAUUCCUAGUAUUUUGUAGAUAUUAUUGACUAUUUGUAAAUUAGUAACUUUAAUUUAGGUACUUAGAGUGCAUGUAUAUAAUUAUGAUUAUUAAAAUUAAAUCGAUGUCACUACCAACGAUGUAUUAAAGUAUUUGAGAAACUUUGUUAAUGCCAUACAAAAUAAACACGAAACUGUUUUUAUUUUAAAA